AUGUCUGACUUCGUGGUGGACCUUUCGCAACAGAUGGUCGUCAAGGUUUUCUCCUUGCUUGCAUCGUGCGUGUCCCUCCUGUCCUGGACUUUGUACUCGAUUGUCUCGUAUAUUAUGCAGAUUGCUCUUUCGUUCUCCACGGUCCUGAUAGUUGCCGUUCUGGUCUCGCUGGCUACUUAUGCGUAUAUCCAUUACAAGUACCUGACGGUGUACUCGCGGCUUCCAGAGGAUCCGAAGCGGCAGGAGCCUUUGAUCGAUACAUUUCUGGAGAAUGCUGGCGCCGAGCAUAAAUCAAGGCUUAAUUAUCUGGAUGAGUUCCUUUCUGCGAUCAAGAUCUUUGGAUACUUGGAAUCACAAGUGUUCAAUGAGCUGACAAAGAGCAUGCAGACCCAGAAACUUGAUUCCGGAGAGAUCGUCUUGAUGGACGAGGAUUCGGGCUUUACUAUCUGUGUUGAAGGAGAGAUCGAGGUGUUCUGCAAGAUAGGCAGUUCAAGCGACGAGAACGCCAUUUUCAUCAACGAAUCGUCCAAGAACUACGUCAUUGUGGACAAUGUCAAGUACAGGUUGCUGAACAACGUGAAAAGCGGCGCUCCGCUGUCUUCCCUGACCAGUGUGCUUAACUUGUUAACUUCUUCAGAUCCACCUUCUAGAACAGAACGCUCCAACUCCGAGGGUGGACUCCCGGUUCCUUCUGACUUUGCUCUUGACAAUAGAAAAGUUCCAGAGUCUCCAGUCCCGCCUGUUCAGUCGGCCAAAGAACCGUCUCCACUAAUUGCUAUUCCAAAGAACAACUGCACCAUAUCCAUCAUCCCCAAAGAAUCGUUUGCUAGACUUGCUUACAAGUAUCCCAAGGCCACCUCUCAUAUUGUCCAGAUGAUCCUCACAAAACUGUACCGGGUCACGUUCCAAACAGCCCACGAUUAUCUCGGGCUGACCCCUGACAUCAUGCGCACAGAGAUCAACCUGAACGAACGCUACACUAAUGUUCUGCCGCCGUAUUUGCGUGAGGAUGUUGUCGAGCACUUCCAGCCAAGACUUUCUUCUUACAGCACUUUGAAUGAGUCUGCCUCAAUGUCAAGAAAGACUCUUAGCUCGCGGUCCAGGUUUCCAAGAUCAGAGUCGGCGCAUUCGAACCCUGUCUCCAGAUCAAACUCCCCAAGAGCAUCCGGGUCUUACAAAACUCCGUCAGCUAAAAUGAUAGACUCGUUCAGCUCAGAUGCCGACGAUAGCAACCAGAGCGACGACAUGUUACCGCUGCACCGCUCGCGCAAGAGUCUCACAAAGAUGAAUGGCCAACGUAUGAGCCGUCCAAAGUCUGCUCGUCAGUUCACGCUCCUGGCCAGAAAUUCCACCAAUCCAGGAGAUCUGCUCACAAACGCACCUCUGUCUCAAAUGGAUAAAGUUGAUAACAUCGAAGACAAGGAUAUUCUGUUCCUACGAGAUAAAGUCUCCAACAACGGCUCUGUCACCGAUCAGGAGUCUAUUGUUCGGGCUACAAUUGCUUCCAGUAUCUGUGAAACCAUCGGUGUGGACCGUGGGCUGUUGUCCUUCUCGUCUCCAGGUAGACGUUCUUUCUCGUCGUCAGUGCUGAGCUCUCCGUUGAUAACAGCUAUGAGCAUUGUGAAGCCAGAUCCCAAGAUAAGCAAGGGGGCCCCGAACUCCAAGAUCCGUACGUUCUCGUCCACUCAGAACCGUUCUGAUGCGCUGGACAAUGGAUUGGAGUCCAUAGAGUCCAGCCGCAAAAGCUACAUGGACUUUGAGAAUAUCAAGGGUGACAUUGCCAAUGCUAUUAAUCUGAAACAGAUCCCAGCUGGAACUAAAAUUAUCGAGGCUAACGAGCACACUCCGGGAAUCUACUACGUGAUUGAAGGAUGCUUGAGAGUGACUUAUAUGAACAAAAACACCGAUUCGGAGCCAACUGAGGAAUUCAUCUACGAUAUCAAAGAAGGUGGAAUAGCAGGAUAUCUUGGAACUCUGAUCGGUUCGAAGUCAUUUGUCGAUAUUACGGCACAAACUGGAUGCUAUGUUGCGUUUGUGCAAAGGGAGGUGUUUGAAAUUUUGAACGAACGAUUCCCGUACUUGCAACUGGCUAUUGCCAAGAAUCUCUUGCGUAUUCUAGACAGAAGACUCCUGUUGGCUGACUAUGCAAUGGAAUGGGUCCAUACUUCUGCCGGAGACUCUCUGUACUCUCAGGGGGAUCCUGCCAAUGGUAUCUACAUUGUCUUGAACGGUCGGUUCAGGUCUCUAAAGACAUUGGACAACAAUGACCAGCCAAUCAUCGCUUCGGAACAUGGUCAGGGAGAGUCGCUGGGAGAAGUUGAGGUUCUGACCAAAAUCAAGCGGAGCUCUACCGUGGUUGCAAUCCGUGACUCAGAGUUGGCUAGAAUCCCAAGAAGUCUGUUUGAGAUGAUCGCAUUGAGCAAUCCAUCGAUCAUGGUCAAAGUGACACGGAUUGUCGCAAAUAGGUUUAUCACGUCAAAAGAGCAGGAAUUGGGGUACGAGUCUACCGGUGGAACGGCUCCUAUCAAAGAAGAUCAUUUCAUCAAGAACUUCAACAAUUACAGAACAAUCACCAUUCUUCCUGUCACCUAUGGUCUUCCCGUGCUGGAAUUUGGUGAGAGACUCGCUACCGCUUUGGAAAAUGUGAACAAGUCCACCAAGAUGCUCACCCAGUCAACAGCGUUGAGCCGUCUUGGAAAACACGCUUUUGACCAUUUGGCGAAACUGAAGCAAAGCGGAUACUUUUCCGAACUGGAAGACAAAUACGACAUUGUCACGUAUUUGGUCGAUACUCCUGUGAACUCGUCGUGGACCAAAACCUGUAUUCAACAAGGUGACUGCAUUUUGUUGCUGGCCGACUCGCAACGUCCUCCUGAUAUUGGAGAGUUUGAGCGACUGUUGGUCAAGAACAAUAUCUCUGCCAGAACAGAACUCAUUCUGCUUCAUCCUCAAAGGUACGUGGAACCAGGACUCACUAACAGCUGGCUGAAAAACAGAAUCUGGGUUCAUUCGCAUCAUCAUGUUCAGCUGUCCUAUGAUACAAAUGCUGUGCAACCGCAAGUGGAGUACGAAGAGAUACCUAAAUCUCUCAAUACUUCGAAGCUUCUAUCAUCCACCACUGCCAAAUUAUCUGCCAAUCUGAAAAACAUCCUCAAUAGCAACGAGUUCAUACAGCUGAUCAAACAGACCCGUGAAUCGUUCAAGUCGAAGAAGUAUUAUCGGCCGAUGCAAGAGCAUAAAGACGAUUUUAUGCGCCUAGCCAGAAUUCUGACGGGCCAGGCAAUUGGACUGGUUCUUGGCGGAGGGGGUGCUCGUGGCAUCAGUCACAUUGGUGUGAUUGCAGCUUUGGAAGAAAAAGGAAUCCCUGUGGACUUUGUUGGAGGUACCUCUAUUGGAGCAUUUGUUGGUGCUCUGUAUGCUCGCGAAUAUGACCUCGUGCCUGUCUAUGGCCGUGCUAAGACGUUCUCCGGACGGAUGGGCUCCAUAUGGCGGUCUCUUCUCGAUCUCACUAUCCCACUUACCUCCUAUACCACCGGCCAUGAAUUCAACCGUGGUAUUUGGAAGGCCUUUGGAGAUUCGAGAAUUGAAGACUUCUGGAUCAAGUUCUAUUGCAAUUCCACCAACAUCACCGAAUCGGUGAUGGAGAUUCACAGUUCCGGAUACGCGUGGCGGUACGUUCGUGCGUCGAUGUCGCUUGCUGCUCUGCUUCCUCCUUUGACAGAUAACGGAAACAUGCUUCUUGACGGUGGAUAUAUCGACAACUUGCCUGUACAGGAGAUGAAACGUCGUGGAGCCAAUGCCAUCAUUGCCUGUGACGUGGGAUCGGAGGACGACCGUUCCAAGAUGUACUACGGCGAGUCUCUAAGCGGACUAUGGGUACUUCUGAACAGACUGAAUCCGUUCUCUAUCCAUCCUAAUGUGCCUACGAUGACGGAUAUUCAGAUCCGACUGGCGUACGUUGCCUCUGUGAUUGCACUGGAGAAGUCCAAGAACGCCAAGGACUGCGUUUAUCUGCGUCCGCCAAUCGAAGGUUAUGCUACGCUAGAUUUUUCGAAAUUCGACGAGAUCUAUAAGGUGGGGUCGCGGUACGCCACAACGAGCUUGAACAAGCUGGAAGAAAGUGGAGAACUGCCUCAGUUCAAGACCAAACGGCGAGAACUGAACAGAAAUCCAACUCUUCAAAGAAGAAACUCCAUAUAA